GAUCCCUUGUGCUUUAUUUGUCUUAAAUUUGUUUGCUGCAAUGGAAAAAAGAUUGUUUCCUUUCCUUUUCCUUUAUGCUUGUAGGAAAAUCGGAAUAAUUUAGCUUUCAAAUUCAAUUGGUCAGGACUUGGAUCUAACGGAAAACGUGACACAGAACAGAGCGCAAUAGCGUUCUAGGAUGCUUUAAUCUACGCUUUUGAUAUUGUGUUCAGGAGUUUACCGGAGAUGUACACGGCACAUGAUGCAGAUGCUUGUAAAUUGUAGGUGGGGGAAACAGAUUAUUUACCUGUAAGGAUUUCACUUGGUCGAAUACGUCUGUUUCCUUCUACUGAUUCAUUGGAGGUAAUGCCAUGCUCUAAUUUGAGCCUCCUUGCAGGGGAGAAAGAGGAUGGAUGGAAGGCCUUUUAUGGAGAAGCUCAAACCACUUGACGUAGAUGCUUGGAAAGUGAGGGAGAGGGGACCAGAUCAUAUACCGGUGUGGGUGGAGAAGGAUGCAAGCAGUGACAUUCCUGACAUUGACAUGAAGAAAUACAACGUCCAUCGCGAUAUGCCUCUCAGAGAAUUUGUUGAUUUUAUUCGGUUAAGGAUUCAGCAUGAAUCUCCAUGGAAGAAGUCUUUGUUUGUCUACCUCAUGAACACCGAGCUUCCCAUUGGUACCACCUUGAUGUCCGAAGUUGAUGAGAAAAAAAAGGACGAAUACGGGUUUGUUCGCAUCACCUACAGUGGAGAAGAGAGAGGAGGCUGGAACCAUUGAAGAGCUCUGAGACAGUCGCUAUUCGGCCUCGUAGCUAUUAACUUCGGCCAUCGCAAUACAAAUCCUAAAUUGUUUUCUCAGUACAAGUAAUAUUCUACGAAACAUUUACAUUUUUCUUUGCUGGAAAACUCUUCAACCGCAGAAUGUUAAUUAUUCAUCUUCAACAAAAGAUAUAAAAAUAAUGUAUAUUUGUCUUUUGAUUUUACAUUUUUAGAUGGUCGGUUACACUAGUCAAAUGGAGAAAAUUAAUGUAAUCCUAAAUUUCUCUU